AACAGGAUGAACUUCUCUGUUCGUCCCUGGAGCCUCAAAUGUGUUCUUAAACCCCAAACCCUAGAGCUGCUGUGUCAAUUGGAGGUCGAACACUGAGGAGAAAAAUCUGUGUGGUUCUUCAUGUGGUCGAGGGGAUUGUCAAGCCUAUGUGCUCGCCACUCCCGCAUUUGCUUAUCGGCCACGGUGUUUCAACCGCUUGAAUUGCCGUUGCUCUCCUCGUGGAGAUUCUUGGAAGGUAACGCGAUUGCGAGCAGGGUCGUCAUGACGGGGACCUCACAGGUCGCAGCUUCGGUGGCCGAUUUUUCCACUGCCGGGACUCUGAAGAGAAAGCAGGAGAAAAAGGUUGGCACACACAAUGGCACUUUCCAUUGCGAUGAGGCCCUGGGAUGUUUUAUGAUCCGCUUGACAGAGAAAUUCGCUGGAGCAGAAAUUGUUCGCACGAGAGAUCAAAAGAUUCUUGAUGCUCUUGAUGCAGUGCUCGAUGUUGGAGGCAUUUACAAUCCAGCCACAGAUCGUUAUGACCACCAUCAGCGAGGAUUUGACCAGGUUUUUGGCCAUGGUUUCAGCACCAAGCUCAGUAGUGCUGGCCUCGUAUACAAGCAUUUUGGAGAAGAGAUUGUGGCCAAGGAGCUUGGGUUAGAUAAAACCCACCCGGAUGUGCAAAAAAUUUAUCUUGCAGUCUACAAAAGUUUCAUGGAGGCGAUCGACGGCGUCGACAACGGUGUGAAUCAAUAUGAUACGGAUUUGGUCCCCAAGUAUGUCAAUGACACUCAUUUAUCAGCAAGAGUGGGACGACUCAACCCUGACUGGAUGGAUGAGCAGACAGCGGAGAAAGAAGAUGAAGCGUUUCACCGGGCUAUGGAUCUGACCGGAAAAGAGUUUAUGGAGUCUCUUAGCUAUUAUGCCAAGUCAUGGCUACCGGCGAGAUCUAUUGUGGCCGAAAGUCUAGCAGCCAGAAUGGAAGCACAUGAAAGCGGGGAAAUCAUGAUAUUGAAGCAGUUUUGUCCGUGGAAGCAGCACUUAUUCGAGAUUGAGUCAGAACAGGGUUUGAAUCCGACAAUCAAAUAUGUUGUUUAUGAGGAUGAACGUAGCGGCCAGUGGCGUGUCCAAGCUGUAGCUGUUGCGCCCGGAAAGUUCGAGAGCCGGAAGCCCCUGCCAGUCCAAUGGCGAGGUCUUCGUGAUGAUGAGCUUUCCAAGGAGUGUGGAAUUGACGGCUGUGUAUUUGUACACAUGAGUGGAUUUAUUGGUGGUGCCAAAUCAUUCAGUGGGACUCUAGAGAUGGCAAGAAAAGCCCUUAGUUUCUAAUGGAGAGUGUCUAGAUCACGUACAAUAUACGUAGGAAAAACACGCAAUUUUACAAUUAGAUUCAUAUUGGAUAUAGAUCUGUCGGACGAAUUCAGCUAUCACAGCAGCGUCGUGACACACCCAAUUUGUGGAUCAGCACGACAGAGGACGAAGAGAUCUAGCGGAUGAAUGCAACCGUCACUGGUGUAUCAUGUUUCGGGUAGUGGAGUAGUCACUUUUUGUGAAAUAUCGUAAAGUUAUAGAUGUAUAGAGGAGAUAAUUAGGCACAAAGAGCAGCGUGGAGGCGCCAGCGUGCAAACGAAUGUAAGGUGGCUCCUAUUCUAUUUGGUAUGACGAAGGACAUUGGAAAUUUUCCAAGGCCUUCAGGAAUUAACUUCUAAAAGGUGAAACCUGAAAUAAGGUUUCUAGUCAACUCAAACCUUCUUGGUUUAAAUAGAAAAGUGAGCCUCUGUGGGUAUGUCCAA